AAUUGUGAGAUGAAAUUAGGUUUUCAGUUUUAUUUUAUACUUUUCUCUCUCCACCCAUAGUCAUUUUUUUCUUAUACUUGAUCUGAAGCUUCGACUGCGCGUUACCCAAACGAAUCAACUACACCGCCUACCACCUUCUCUCAUCACUCUCCGCCAUGGCUGACGAGGAACCUGUUGAUCAGAAGAGACUUCUUGAAGAGUCUUGCAAACCAAAGUGUGUCAGACCGUUACUUGAAUACCAGGCGUGCAUUAAAAGGAUACAAGGGGAUGAAUCCGGGCAGAAACACUGCACUGGACAGUACUUUGAUUAUUGGUAUUGUGUUGACAAAUGCGUUGCACCAAAGCUAUUCCCCAAACUGAAGUAAUAAGGGAUAAUAUUUUGGUAUUUUGACAUUGUUCUGUUUUAUCUUCAUUUCCAAAUAACUUCUCCUAAACUUGUGAUUUUGUAUCCAAAUCUCAUGCGCUGUAUUGUUAUUGUUUUUGUUAUCGGGAAAUUUUGAUCCCAUGGAGACCUUGGAUGAUAAUUAAUAAUAACAUUAUGCCAAUUCAUAA